UUCCUCCUCCUCUCUCUCUUGUCUGCGUGUCCAUCUCAGAACCCUUCUCCACCAAACCAAACACCAAUACCCCAUUUCAGUUUUGACUUGAAACUCCCUCUCUAGAGCGCCAUGGAUUCCCACAUCCACGGUAGCUCCUUCGUUUCCUUCUUCUUCAUCCUCUCCACUCUCUUCUCACUCUCCUCCGCCGCCGCCGCCGCAUUGCCCCGCAACCCAAAACCCACCUCCCCCAAGUCCAACUCCUCCGCCCAGAUUCACUCCAACUCCGUCCUCGUCGCCCUCCUCGACUCCCACUACACCGAGCUCGCCGAGCUCGUCGAGAAGGCCCUCCUCCUCCAGACCCUCGAGGAAGCCGUCGGCCACCACAACAUCACCAUCUUCGCCCCGAGAAAUGAGGCCCUCGAUCGCCACCUCGACCCCGAAUUCAAGCGCUUCUUGCUCGAGCCCGGCAAUCUCAAGUCCCUCCAGACUCUUCUCAUGUUCCACAUUAUCCCCAAGCGUAUCGGGUCCGACCAAUGGCCCCAAGACUCCGGCUCGGGUCGCCACCGCACCCUCUGUAAAAACGAGCAUCUCCAUUUGUCGAGCAAAGACUCCGGGAACAAGGCCGUGGAUUCCGCCGAGGUUGUCCGGCCCGACGACGUGAUCCGACCCGACGGUCUCAUCCACGGAAUCGAAAGAGUCCUAAUUCCUCUCUCAGUUCAAGAAGACUUCAACCGGAGAAGAAGUCUCCGGUCCAUUUCCGCCGUUAUACCGGAGGGUGCUCCGGAGGUGGAUCCGAGAACCCACCGCCUCAAGAAACCGGCACCCGCGGUACCCGCCGGAGCUCCCCCGGUUCUGCCCAUUUACGACGCUAUGGCGCCGGGUCCUUCUCUAGCUCCGGCGCCGGCGCCCGGACCCGGCGGUCCCCGCCACCACUUCGACGGCGAGAGCCAGGUUAAGGACUUCAUUCAUACUCUUUUGCAUUACGGCGGGUACAACGAAAUGGCCGAUAUCUUAGUCAACCUGACGUCACUGGCGACGGAGAUGGGUCGGUUAGUGUCAGAGGGUUAUGUUCUCACAGUAUUGGCGCCAAACGAUGAAGCCAUGGCGAAGCUGACGACGGACCAGUUGAGCGAGCCGGGUGCGCCGGAGCAGAUUGUGUACUAUCAUAUCAUACCGGAAUAUCAAACGGAGGAGAGUAUGUACAACUCAGUGAGGAGAUUUGGGAAGGUGCAGUAUGAUACACUGAGGUUGCCUCACCGGGUUACGGCCCAGGAGGCUGAUGGGUCGGUGAAAUUCGGGUCGGGUGAUGUGUCGGCGUAUCUUUUCGACCCGGAUAUAUACACUGAUGGUCGGAUUUCGGUGCAAGGCAUUGAUGAGGUUCUGUUUCCGGUUGAAGAGUUAGAAAAGAAAGCAACAACUCAGGUUGUUAAGGCUGCGGCAGUUAAGCCCAGAAGAGGGAAGUUGAUGGAAGUAGCAUGUAGUAUGCUUGGAACUCUUGGGCAGUUCUCUUCUUGCCAAUGAAGCAGUUAUAUGGGAUGCUCUCUCAGUCAGUCCUACUCGAGCCCCCCAAAAAAAAAUUACGGAAAAAGAAAAAUAUAUGUUCAUGUAAACAGUAAUUGAUAAAAUGGUAAAUACAUGGGUUCCCUCCUCCUUCUAUGUUCAUUGUAAUUUGUUCUUUUUUUGAAAAAUCAUGGUUCCACUUUGGGUGAACAGAGAGUUUUGGUCACACAAUGCAGUUUAGGAUGAUGAGGUUGAUGCAUAAUACAGAGAAUUGAUGGAUGUACAAAACAGAAGGGCAUUUUGGUUUUGCAGGAUCAUUUAUUUAGGAAGGUCCAACCAAAAAGAAAUUACAUCCAUUGUUCUCCAAUGAAUCUGUAAUUACAUACGAUUUUUUUUCUCAACUAUUUCAUUGUUUGGAUUUGCUUGCUC